AAGCACUAACAUUCGUAGACUUUUAUUGUGAAGAUUCCUCUGUUGACUUGGAACUAGUUUGUCAGAGACGUGCACAUCUUUCACCCUCUGCUGUCACCUUCUGUCCUGAUUAUGGGGUCUUUUUCUGUUAACACGGAAAACUUCUCAUAGUGCAAGCACCGUGCAUCGACCUGUGGCUUGUGAGUGACAGCCACAGCUCCACCAUGAACACAAAAUCAUGUGUGUCUCUGUUCCAGCUGUCCAGGAUAGGGUUCAGACUUGCAUCUAAAGCCUCUCACUGCAGUGCUGGGGCCUUCAUUUGUCUUCCACAUAUCUCACCCCACUCGGCUGUACAUUGCAGUUGGUGUCACUCUGGUAAUGUCAAGGUGCGCUCCUAUCUUCAGUACGUAAAACGCAAGAUCAUAUCCCCUCCCAGUCCUCCGUACAGUCACGUGUGCCAGGUAGGAGACCCAGUGUUGCGUUCACAUGCAACUGCUGUUGACCCAGCAGCUAUAACAGGCCCUGAGAUCCAAAAGGUCAUCAGCACCAUGGUGAAAGUGAUGCGUAAACUUGAGUGUGUGGGACUGAGUGCACCUCAGAUUGGGGUGCCACUUCGCAUCCUGGUCCUGGAAUAUCCUAAGAAGAUGUUCGAAGAGAGUUCGCCUGCAGCCAGGGAAUACCGUGGUCUUUCUGUCCAGCCUCUGAGGGUCUUUGUCAACCCCCAGCUGAGGAUCCUCGAUGGACGCACCGUGGUCUUUCAGGAGGCUUGUGAGAGCAUCUCAGGCUUCUCUGCCACAGUUCCACGCUACCUGUCUGUGGAAGUGUCUGGUCUGAAUGAUAAGGGUGAAGCUGUCACGUGGCAGGCCAGUGGCUGGGCAGCCCGUAUCCUCCAGCACGAGAUGGACCACCUGGAUGGCGUCCUCUACAUCGACCGCAUGGACAGCAAGACCUUCGUCAACAUCAACUGGCAGGAAUAUAAUGAAUAGAAGAAACAAAUGUCCUUACACUGGGUCUAAUAUGGUUUAAAGUCUGCUCCACAUCAUCUCUGAUCAACCUACACCUUGCUUCUGAAAGCUUUUGCAUUUGCUGGUUCGACCACAAGCAUCAUCAUUUGGUUUGCGGAAAGUGAUUCAUUUUGAUUUGUGGAUGGAAUAAGAGCUUAAAAUCAAUAUCACGGUGAACCGCCUCAAAUGAAAGUACAACAGAAAUACAAAGGUCGAUGAAUUAAGAGGCCGAUAUGUUAAUGAUAAAAUGAGUGAGUCCUACAUGUUAUUUGGCACCAUCACAACAGAAAAAUACACCUGUGGUGCAGGGUAUUACCUGGUUACCUCAGUGACUGAUUCAGCUCUUGCAAAGACAUUUAAAUGUAAAACAUCAUUCAAGACUUAAGAACUGAAGUGUGAACUGUAGACAUGUCUGGGACAUGAGCAGGCAUGAGCCAGGUAAAACAACUGAAAGAACAGUCCUGUACUGUGCUAAUCCACGGUUCAUGUUUGUGCAUGUCAGGCUCCAUGACGAGUAUUUAUUUGUGUUGUUAAAAUGUUAAUCAUAGUAUUUUUGUAUGGUUUUUUUUUUUGUUGUUAUUUUUUGUUUUGUGAGCAAGGUUUUUUCAAAACUCAGAACCAAGUUCAGUUCUGUUUAGUUCUGAAGUUUGGCCCAGCAACUGAUUAGAUUUGGAUUGUAAAGGAUGCACUGCCUAAAUGGUGAUUUUCAAGUUGAUAUAUUGGAUGAUUUAUAAUGAUAGAUGUCAUUAUUUUAUUCAAACUGUUUUUCCAUACGUGCUCAUAAAACUGUUUGGACCCAUGAAA